AUGGUCGUGUUCCCGCUUGCCCUGCUCCUCCUGGUGACAUCAUGGCCCGCUAGCACGUUCGCGGAUUUCACCGACGACGCGACGCUGGAAAAGGAGCUCUCUUUGGCGGGGCUCACGGGAUUCUUGAGCCUUCUUAAGCAAGGCGGCCUCUUGUCGGAGCUGGAGCUCCGCGCGCGAAACGGAUCCGCCGUUACUCUCUUCGCGCCGACCAACGAGGCGCUCAUGCGCACAAACCCCGCUUUCCUCGCCUUUCUUAAACUGCAGCGCAACGACGCGAUGCUUCACGACGUGCUGAUGUACCACGUCAUCGAGAAGCCCGUGUCGGCCUUCGCGUGGGAAGGCUCGUUCAGCACGCUGCAGGGCGCGCCGAUUCAACUCCACGUGGACGCUCUCGCGUUUCAAGUUGGCGACUCGACCGUGAAGCAGUACAAGGCCGUCACCAUGUCCAUGGGCCUGGCUGACGGGCAGAGCGUGGAGGUUUUCGCGGGCACGAUCGUGGUUCAUUCCAUCAACUCGCUGCUCGUGCCGCCGGCUCUCGACGAAGCAUUUUUGGAGACCGACCUGAACACGAUCCUUGCCGAAGGAAACGAAUCUGACGGCGAUCAGGGCUUGUACGGCUCGGACAUCCGGCGGUCCAUGCUCGCCGGGGCACCAGGCUCCGAGCCUCUCCCAGGCCCUCCUGUCACUUCCUCUCCGCCACCCCCGCCCAGCCCCACUGUCCCAGUCCAGCCGCUCCCUACCCCCCCGCCUGCUCCCACAACCGCGCCUCCGCCUCCCAAAUCCGCUCCUGAUACCCUCGAUGCGCUCAACGCGUUCGACGCGCUCGUGCUGUUCGUCAGCAAUGCGGCUUUCUGGGUGCAGUUACAGGGCACGGGCUUGCUUCUUCUCCUCGCUGUCCUGUGGUUCAAGGCCUCUCAGCUGCGCCUCAACGAGGCGCGCAGGAUAAUCAGGGAGAGACGCACUAUAGCAAUACGUGAUGUGGCGAACGUCGCUGCCCUCGAUGUUGCCAGUGGUAGUUCUGACCCUGGCAAUCUCUCGCAGGACGCGCGUCACGCGCAGCAGCAGCAGCAGCAGCAGCAGCAGCAGGAACAGCACGAGCUUCCCAAAGUGACGGUCGUUCUCGCCGUGAAAGGCUGCGCGGGCGACGCGGGGAUGAGCAACUGGCGCUCGCACGUCCAGACUCUGUACGGCGGCGCGUCGGAGUUCAUCUUCUGCGUGGAAACCGCCCACGACCCCGCGUGCCGCGCGGUUAAGGCCCUCCAGCGCGAAAUGUGCGGACUUGCGCAGAUACGCCUCGUCGUGGCGGGCCUCGCGACGCGCUGCUCGCAGCAGAUCCACAACCAGCUCGCGGUCGCGAUGCGCGCGGGAGCGGACUCGAAAUACCUCCUCUUUCUAGACGACGACAUUCAAACCCACCCGGACACGCUCACCCUGCUCGUAACAGCCAUGGAGGAAAAUCCCAACGCGCUCGUCUGCACGGGCUAUUCCUUCGACUUCCCGGGUCCGGACCCGCAAACCAGGCGCAACCUAGCGGCAUACGCGGCCAUGGUGUAUCGCGUGCCCGUGCAGCUCGCCAUGGCGUCGGGCGGGAAGCAGCUGCCCGUGUGGGGCGGCUGCAUGAUGAUUCGCCUCGACGACCUCCGCGCCGACAGAUACGGCAUGUUGACGGCGCUCAGCGCGCGCGGGUACAGCAACGACCUCACUCUCUCCGCCAUCGCCGCGAGCAACGGCCGCGACGUCGUGUGCCCCGCGGCGGCGAUUUUCCCGGGCAUACUCUCCGGGUCGUGGACGUUUCAGCGCUACUGGAACUACGUGCGCCGGCAGACGUUCGCGCUCACCACCUUCUGCUCGCCCGUCGCGCUCGCGCUAAACGCGUGCGCGUUGCUGCUGUACGGGUACGGCUCGUUCUGCCUGCUCGCGCCGCUGCUUCCUUCGGCUCUCCGCGUGGCCCGCUUCCUCUCGUCUGUAGCUCGUGGUGAACCUGCAUGGAACCUUCCGAGUACCGGUCCUGACUGGGAUCCCUACCCUUCCAGCCCCUCCAGUCUCAUCAGUUCUUUCAUUCUCUCCAGUCUCUCCGGUGUUUCCAGCUUCAACAGCAGCGCUGCCAUUGCGCUCAUCCUCGUCAAUGCAAGCCUCUUCCUCGCGCUGCUGUACCUCUCACUGCUCGCCCUCGCGACGCUCGCAGUGAUCCGCCUGUUCCACACCACCUUCUCUCUCUGCAACCUCCUCUCCCCCGAGAAACCCCCUAUUCGUCUGGGCAGCCUCAGCCUGAUGCUGGGCGUGGCGGGCAUGCUGGUCAAUCUCGCAGUUGUCCCUAUUGUGUCGGUGUACACGCUGUUACAACCCGCGAUCACCUGGGCUGGAAUCACGUACGUGCGGCGCUGGGGGCUUAUUGUGGAGGUCAGGCAUCCCCAACAUCCGCAGGUGGGGCAGCAGCAGCAGCAGCAGCAGCAGCACAGGCAGUUGAGGGACGGGGGUGUGACGGGUGAAAGGGAGGAAAUGGAGGGAACGAUGGAGGUGGAGAUGAAAGAGGAGGAUGGCGAGGAGGAGCAGCAGUGGCUGCUUCCCCCCCUGGCAUCAUCACCAGUUUCUGGCCUCAAGCAAGCAGGUUGA